AUGGCCGAGGACGAUAUUCUCUGCUUCGCACAAGACCCCCUGUAUGAGGACGCGGACAAGACGGUGCUCGCCGAGACGGGAAUCUCGGUUCUCGAGAACCCUCUGGCCUUUCUCGAGGUGGACGAUACGAGCCUCGUGUUCUCCCUGUCGCCGGAAACACCGGUACGGCAAAUCGUGGCUGAUAUUGCCCUGCCGGCCAUCAUGAUCUGGAACCGCGUCGAAAAGGUCAGGCGAAAGCCAGACUGGGUCGGCCAUACGGAGUGCGAGGAUAAUAUAUCGCCAAGGGUGACAGAGAUGAUCAACAGACAUUACGCCGAGCUGGACUUUCCCGAGGACACCCGGCAUUUCAGCAGGCAUUUGGCUAUCUACGUUAGAAGGUCGGAUUCUUAA